GCGGGCUCUGGCACUUGCACUCUCGCCUUCCAGCACCUCUUCUCCCCCGGCUGCGCCCGUUCCCCCUUCCCCUCCACCCUCCGUACCCGCUCCCACCUCCCCCUCCCUCGACCCUUCGACCACCGCUUCCGUCAUGCCCUUCUCUGGAGUGACUGGUGCGACCAACGGGGCCAGCGUGCCUGCUGGCGACGCCGACGAGUACGAGUGGGACCACUCGAAGGUUGGCCACUUCAUCGGCGGCAACUCGCUCGAGUCGGCGCCUCCUUCUCGUGUCGCCAACUGGGUCCGCUCGCGCGGUGGCCACACGGUCAUCACCAAGAUCCUCAUCUGCAACAACGGUAUCGCCGCCGUCAAGGAGAUCCGCUCGGUGCGCAAGUGGGCGUACGAGACGUUCGGCUCGGAGCGCGCCAUCGAGUUCGUCGUCAUGGCGACGCCCGAGGACCUGCGCGUCAACGCCGACUACAUCCGCAUGGCCGACCAGUACGUCGAGGUGCCCGGCGGCACCAACAACAACAACUACGCCAACGUCGACGUCAUCGUCGACGUCGCCGAGCGCACGGGUGUCCACGCUGUCUGGGCCGGCUGGGGUCACGCCUCGGAGAACCCUCGCCUGCCCGAGUCGCUCGCCGCGUCCAAGCACAAGAUCGUCUUCAUCGGUCCUCCCGGGUCGGCCAUGCGCUCGCUCGGCGACAAGAUCUCGUCGACCAUCGUCGCGCAGCACGCCAAGGUGCCCUGCAUGGACUGGUCCGGCACUGGCAUCGACGAGGUGACGACGACCGACGACGGCCUCGUCACCGUCACCGACGAGGUGUACCAGAAGGCGUGCGUCCACGACGCCGACGAGGGCCUCGAGCGUGCGGCCAAGAUCGGGUACCCGGUCAUGAUCAAGGCGUCCGAGGGCGGCGGCGGCAAGGGCAUCCGCAUGGUCAGCAAGGACGCCGACUUCAAGCAGUCGUUCCAGGCCGUCCUCACCGAGGUUCCCGGCUCGCCCGUCUUCAUCAUGAAGCUCGCCGGUGCCGCUCGCCACCUCGAGGUGCAGGUCCUCGCCGACCAGUACGGCAACGCCAUCUCGCUCUUCGGCCGCGACUGCUCGGUCCAGCGUCGCCACCAGAAGAUCAUCGAGGAGGCGCCCGUCACGAUCGCCGGGCCCGAGCGCUUCGAGGAGAUGGAGAAGUCGGCCGUGCGCCUCGCCAAGCUCGUCGGCUACGUGUCGGCCGGCACGACCGAGUUCCUGUACUCGGCCGCCGACGACAAGUUCGCCUUCCUCGAGCUCAACCCGCGCCUCCAGGUCGAGCACCCGACGACCGAGAUGGUGUCGGGCGUCAACCUGCCGGCCGCCCAGCUCCAGAUCGCCAUGGGCAUCCCGCUCCACCGCAUCCGCGACAUCCGCACGCUGUACGGCAAGUCGCCGCACGGUCGGUCGCUCAUCGACUUUGACUUUGAGAACCCCGAGUCGACCAAGACGCAGCGCAAGCCGGCGCCAAAGGGCCACGUCGUCGCCGUCCGUAUCACGGCCGAGAACCCGGACGCCGGCUUCAAGCCGUCGAUGGGCACCCUCCAGGAGCUCAACUUCCGCUCGAGCACGAACGUGUGGGGCUACUUCUCGGUCGGCUCGGCCGGUGGCCUGCACGAGUUUGCCGACUCGCAGUUCGGCCACAUCUUCGCGUACGGCUCGGACCGCGGCGAGUCGCGCAAGAACAUGGUCGUCGCCCUCAAGGAGCUGUCGAUCCGCGGCGACUUCCGCACGACGGUCGAGUACCUCAUCAAGCUCCUCGAGACCGAGGCGUUCGAGGACAACACGAUCACGACGGCCUGGCUCGACAACCUCAUCUCGAUGCGCCUCACGGCCGAGCGCCCCGACACGACGCUCGCCAUCAUUUGCGGCGCCGCGACCAAGGCCCACCUCGCGUCCGAGGCCAACGUCGCCGAGUACAAACGCAUCCUCGAGAAGGGCCAGACGCCCGCCAAGGAGCUCCUCGCGACCGUCGUCCCGCUCGAGUUCGUCAUCGAGGACGUCAAGUACCGCGCGACGGCGUCGCGCUCGUCGCCGACGACGUGGUCGAUCUACGUCAACGGCUCGUCGGUCGCGGUCGGCGUCCGGCCCCUCGCCGACGGCGGCCUCCUCGUCCUCCUCGACGGCCGCUCGUACACGUGCUACGCCAAGGAGGAGGUCGGCGCCCUGCGCCUCUCGAUCGACUCGCGCACGGUCCUCAUCGCCCAGGAGAACGACCCGACCCAGCUCCGCUCGCCGUCGCCGGGCAAGCUCGUGCGCUACUUCAUCGAGAGCGGCGAGCACAUCUCGAAGGGCGAGGCCUACGCCGAGAUCGAGGUCAUGAAGAUGAUCAUGCCCCUCAUCGCGGCCGAGGACGGCAUCGCGCAGUUCAUCAAGCAGCCAGGAGCGACGCUCGAGGCGGGCGACAUCCUCGGCAUCCUCUCGCUCGACGACCCGAGCCGCGUCAACCACGCCAAGCCGUUCGACGGCCAGCUGCCGCAGCUCGGCCUGCCGAGCAUCAUCGGCAACAAGCCGCACCAGCGCUUCGCCUACCUCAAGGAGGUCCUCGGCAACAUCCUCGCCGGGUACGACAACCAGUCCAUCAUGCAGGCGAGCAUCAAGGAGCUCGUCCAGGUCCUCCAGACGCCCGAGCUCCCGUACGGCGAGGCCAACGCCGUCCUGUCGACCCUGUCGGGCCGCAUCCCGGCCAAGCUCGAGCAGGCGCUGCGCCAGUCGAUCGACUCGGCCGCCGCCGGCGGCGCCGAGUUCCCGUCGCCCAAGCUGCGCAAGCUCAUCGACUCGUGCCUCGACGAGCUGCGCCCGACCGAGGCCCAGACGAUCCGCAACUUCCUCGUCGCGUUCGACGACAUCGUGUACCGGUACCGCGCCGGCCUCAAGCACCACGAGUGGGCGACGCUCGCCGGCCUCCUCGGCCUGUACGCCGAGACUGAGAAGCCCUUCUCGGCGCGCGACAACGAUGUCGUCCUCGAGCUGCGCGAGCUGUACCGCGACGCGCCCGACACGGUCGUCAAGCUCGUCCUGUCGCACUACAAGGCGGCGAGCAAGAACACGCUCGCGCUCGCGCUCCUCGACAUCGUCAAGGGGUCCGACACGAUCCCGCUCGUCGAGGAGGUCGUGAGCCCGGUCCUCAAGGAGCUCGCCGAGCUCGACUCGAAGGCGACGACCAAGGUGUCGCUCAAGGCGCGCGAGGUCCUCAUCCACACCCAGCUCCCGUCGCUCGACGAGCGCCUCCACCAGCUCGAGUCGAUCCUCAAGGCCUCGGUCACGACGACCGUGUACGGCGCCGUCGGGCCCUCGGACCGCACCCCUCGCGGCGACGUCCUGCGCGACGUCAUCGACAGCCGGUUCACCGUGUUCGACGUCCUGCCGGGCUUCUUCCAGCACCAGGACCAGUGGGUCGCCCUCGCCGCGCUCGACACGUACGUGCGCCGCGCGUACCGCUCGUACAACCUCAUCAACCUCGAGCACGUCGAGGCCGACGCCGCCGAGGACGAGCCGUCGACGGUCGCGUGGUCGUUCCGCAUGCGCAAGGCGGCGAGCGAGUCGGCGCCGACGACGCCGACGACCGGCCUCACGUCGCAGCGCACGGCGUCGUACUCGGACCUCACGUUCCUCCUGAACCAGGCCCAGAGCGAGCCGAUCCGCUACGGCGCCAUGUUCUCGAUCAAAUCGCUCGACAACCUCGAGCGCGAGCUCACGGCCGUCAUGCGCCACUUCCCCGACUCGGGUCGCGGCAAGAUCGAGCAGGCGCCGCAGGCCCAGUCGAGCCAGGACUCGUGGAACGUCGUCAACGUCGCCCUCACCGUGCCCGGCCAGGCCCACGACCUCGACGAGGACGCGCUCCGCGCCCAGUUCGCCCACGUCAUCAACGCCCUGAGCGGCCAGAUGGACCGCCACGGCAUGCGUCGCCUCACGCUCCUCAUCUGCCGCGAGGGCCAGUACCCGUCGUACUACACGCUCCGCAAGCAGGACGGCCAGUGGAAGGAGCUCGAGACGAUCCGCGACAUCGAGCCGGCGCUCGCGUUCCAGCUCGAGCUCGGCCGCCUGUCCAACUUCAACCUCGAGCCGUGCCCCGUCGAGAACCGCCAGAUCCACAUCUACUACGCGACGGCCAAGGGCAACUCGUCCGACUGCCGCUUCUUCGUGCGCGCCCUCGUCCGCCCGGGUCGCCUGCGCGGCAGCAUGAAGACGGCCGACUACCUCGUCAGCGAGUCGGACCGCCUCAUCACCGACGUUCUCGACACGCUCGAGGUCGUGAGCGCUCAGCGCCGUGCCGCCGACGGCAACCACAUCUCGCUCAACUUCCUGUACAGCCUGCGCCUCGACUUUGAGGAGGUCCAGACGGCCCUCGCCGGCUUCAUCGACCGCCACGGCAAGCGCUUCUGGCGCCUGCGCGUGACGGGCGCCGAGAUCCGCAUCGUCAUCGAGGACGCCCAGGGCAACAUCCAGCCGAUCCGCGCCAUCAUCGAGAACGUGUCGGGCUUCGUCGUCAAGUACGAGGCGUACCGCGAGGUGACGACCGACAAGGGCCAGGUCAUCCUCAAGUCGAUCGGCCCGCAGGGCGCGUUCCACCUCCAGCCGGUCAACUUCCCGUACCCGACCAAGGAGUGGCUCCAGCCCAAGCGCUACAAGGCCCACGUCGUCGGCACGACGUACGCGUACGACUUCCCCGACCUGUUCCGCCAGGCGAUCCGCAAGCAGUGGAAGGCGGUCGGCAAGACGGCGCCCGCCGAGCCGCUCGUCGCCAAAGAGCUCGUCCUCGACGAGUUCGGCGUCCCGCAGGAGGUCGCGCGCCCGCCCGGCACCAACAACAUCGGCAUGGUCGGCUGGGUCUUUACGAUCUGCACGCCCGAGUACCCGUCGGGCCGCCGCGUCGUCGCCAUCGCCAACGACAUCACGUUCAAGAUUGGCUCGUUCGGGCCCGACGAGGACCGCUACUUCUUCGCCGUGACCGAGCUCGCGCGCAAGCUCGGCUUGCCGCGCAUCUACCUGUCGGCCAACUCGGGCGCCCGCCUCGGCAUCGCCGACGAGCUCGUCGACCAGUUCAGCGUCGCGUGGAUCGACGCCUCGCGCCCGGAAAAGGGCUUCAAGUACCUGUACCUCACGCCCGAGAAGCUCGGCGAGCUCAACAACAAGGGCGACAAGAGCGUCAUCACGACCAAGGUCGACGAGGACGGCGAGACGCGGUACCAGAUCACCGACAUCAUCGGCCUCCAGGACGGCCUCGGCGUCGAGUCGCUCAAGGGCUCGGGCCUCAUCGCCGGCGAGACGUCGCGCGCGUACGACGACAUCUUUACGAUCACGCUCGUCACGGCGCGCUCGGUCGGCAUCGGCGCGUACCUCGUCCGCCUCGGCCAGCGCGCCGUCCAGGUCGAGGGCCAGCCGAUCAUCCUCACGGGCGCCGGCGCGCUCAACAAGGUGCUCGGUCGCGAGGUCUACUCGAGCAACCUGCAGCUCGGCGGCACGCAGAUCAUGUACAAGAACGGCGUGUCGCACCUGACGGCCGCCAACGACCUCGAGGGCGUCCUCAGCAUCGUCCAGUGGCUCUCGUUCGUGCCCGAGUCGCGCGGCGCGCCGCUCCCGAUCCUCCCCUCGGUCGACUCGUGGGACCGCACGAUCGAGUACCAGCCGAUCAAGGGCGCGUACGACCCGCGCUGGUUCCUCGCCGGCAAGACGGACGAGACGGACGGCCGCUGGCUGUCGGGCUUCUUCGACAAGGGCACGUUCCAGGAAACCCUCAGCGGGUGGGCCCAGACGGUCGUCGUCGGCCGCGCUCGCCUCGGCGGCAUCCCGUUCGGCGCCAUCGCGGUCGAGACGCGCACGGUCGAGCGCAUCGUGCCCGCCGACCCGGCCAACCCGCUCUCAAACGAGCAGAAGAUCAUGGAGGCCGGCCAGGUCUGGUACCCGAACUCGGCCUUCAAGACGGGCCAGGCGAUCGCCGACUUCAACCGCGAGGGCCUGCCGCUCAUCAUCUUUGCCAACUGGCGCGGCUUCUCGGGCGGCCAGCAGGACAUGUUCGACGAGGUCCUCAAGCGCGGCUCGCUCAUCGUCGACGGCCUCUCGGCGUACAAGCAGCCCGUCUUCGUCUACAUCGUGCCCAACGGCGAGCUUCGAGGCGGCGCCUGGGUCGUCCUCGACCCGUCGAUCAACAACAACGGCAUGAUGGAGAUGUACGUCGACGAGACGGCGCGCGCCGGCGUCCUCGAGCCCGAGGGCAUCGUCGAGAUCAAGCUCCGCAAGGACAAGAUCCUCGCCCUCAUGGACCGCCUCGACCCGACCUACCACUCGCUCAAGGCCAAGAGCACCGACGCCAGCCUCUCGCCCGCCGACGCCGCCUCGGUCAAGACCGACCUCGCCGCUCGCGAGAAGGUCCUCCUCCCGCUGUACCAGCAGAUCGCGCUCCAGUUCGCCGACCAGCACGACCGCGCCGGACGUAUCCUCGCCAAGGGCUGCGCUCGCGACAGCAUCGUCUGGAGCGAGGCUCGCCGCUACUUCUACCUGCGCGCCAAGCGUCGCAUCCUCGAGGAGGCCGCCAUCACCCGCAUCGCCGCCGCCAACCCGUCGCUCUCGCGCGAGGACAAGCUCGCCUACCUCGCCCAGGUCAUCCCGGCCGACGUCGACCUCUCGAGCGACGCCGCCGUCGCCGACGCCCUCGAGAAGGCGGCGAGCGACAUCACGGCCACGGUGCGCACGGCGCGCACGUCGGCCAUCGCCGCCCAGAUCGCGUCGCUCGCGACCGAGGACGGCGCCGCCUUCGCCGAGGGCCUUCGUGCCGCGCUCGGCGACAAGCUCGACGCCGAGACGGUCGCCAAGCUCCAGCAGGUCCUUUCGCAGUAGUAGAUAGACUCGUUUCCCUCUCUCUCGUUCUCGUUCUCUCUCUCUCUCUCCCUCCUCUUGGUUCUCUCUCUCUCUCUCGCGCGCUCUCUCUCCCCUCUGCCCCUCUCUCCCUCUUUCUCUCUUAGUACCCCCGUCUCCUUCCUCUUCCCUACGGUCCUUAGGGCGCCGCGCGCCUCUCUCUCCUUCCCUUGGCUAGUCACGUGAAUACGUCUCUCUGCAACCGGUUCUCUCUCCUUGGUCCA